AUGUCACAAUAUCAACCACGACUUAAUGUUGUUGAACAAGAACGUUUCCUUGCGUCACUGGACAUUUACCGUCUGGUACUGAACACAGAGCCUCCCUCUCGUCUCUUCCUCUCCGCCGACCUCGCGUCCACUUCCCCAGCAAAACCAAGUACCGGUACUAAGCCCAACCUGUGUCUCACUGGUUCCGGCGGUCCACACCUCAAGUCCUCCUGUCUUCCCAGAUCGGUGGCUUACAAUUUGAAGCUUGUGGUUCCUUCGAGGAGCUCCCGACCCACCAAAGCUCCCUCUUGUUCCCCGCAAAGCACGCAAAUGCAGCUUGGGAAGCAAAAGGACUGGGAACUGGGAUCCUCGACCCAGAGACCCAAAGGCCAAUCCGAGAUGACGACCAAGUCCGUCCCGAUCUACAGAUCCACAGAGUCGCAGUCGAGUGACGAAAGGGCGCUUUUCCUUGGCCCAAUGCGUGCUAUGCGUUCUCCUCUUCCAAUUCCCUUGCUCAUCCCGUCCAAGUAUCCCGUCACGCGUUCUCCGCGGGUGAGGAACCUCGAUGCUGUUUGUGCGCCCUCCGCCUCGGCCUCGGAGCUACCCAUGCCUUACCAAUUUGCUUCUGGCUUCUCUCUGUCUGUCCAUGCUGCUUCUAUAGGCAAGGUAGCUAUGGAUGGACAUGGCUUUGUGGAACCGACCGUCGUGACUUGCCUCGUGCCUUUCUCUGCCAACCUCAUUUCCCUUCUUCGUGUCUCGUUCCCCGACUUUGACCUCCUUCCUACAUCAACAUUGUGA